ACAGACAUCUUCAACCUUCAAAUCACCCUUCCAAAGCUUUGAGAACAAUGUCCUUUAUUGGAGAAGCAUCAGCUUACUUCAAAGUUUUUUCUGAUGGUUCAAUAAAACGUGUGGAAUGGGAAAGCGCCCCUGCCUCCAAUGAUUCAUCAUCCAAUGGAUAUAAGUCCAAGGAUGUAAUCAUUAACUCAACCAAGCCAAUAUCUGCACGAAUAUUUCUGCCUGAUGUUCCGGGCUCCUCUGACCGGCUUCCAGUUCUAGUUUACUUCCAUGGUGGCGGUUUCUGUUUAGGCUCAACGACAUGGCUUGGGUACCAUACUUUCCUUGGAGACUUUGCGGUGGCUUCCCAAUCAAUAGUUCUUUCUGUGGACUACCGACAUGCACCUGAAAACAGGCUCCCUAUAGCUUAUGAUGAUUGUUAUAGUUCACUUGAGUGGCUAAGUUGCCAGGUGAGCUCUGAACCAUGGCUUCAGAGAGCUGACCUCUCUCGAGUGUUUCUCUCAGGGGACAGUGCUGGAGGAAACAUCGUUCACAAUGUUGCUCUCAGAACAAUUCAGGAACAAUCUUGUGAUCAAGUCAAGAUUAAAGGGUUGUUGCUAAUACAUCCUUUUUUUGGGAGCGAGGAGAGGAUUGAGAAGGAGAGGGCCAGUGGAGAAGCUGAGAAUUUGGCAUUAACCGACUGGAUGUGGAAAGUAAGCUUGCCAGAAGGGUCAAACCGAGACCAUUAUUGGUGUAACUAUGAGAUGGCAGAAUUGUCCAGGGCUGAAUGGUGUCGGUUUCCACCAGCUGUGGUUUAUGUGGCUGGUUUGGAUUUCUUAAAAGAAAGGGGAGUUAUGUAUGCAGCCUUUCUGGAGAAGAACGGGGUGGAGGUGAAGCUGGUGGAAGCCGAAGGAGAGAAGCAUGUGUAUCAUAUGCUCCAUCCUGAAUCUGAGGCGACUCGUUUGCUUCAGAAGCAAAUGAGUGAGUUCAUUCAUAACUUUUAGAUGGUCAUCACAAGCCUCUUGCGAUCAAUAAAACACGUAUGCUGUCAGCAUGACGAGUAUGCAUAAAGUUGUACUUCUAUCUAAAAUAUAGCAAGCAAAAUGCAUUUCUAAUAAUGAAAUUAUAGCGAUCCUAAAAUCUAA